AUGGGUCGACAAUCUCACCUUGCACGGCUGGCUUUGGGUAGAUCACCAUUCGAUGCUCCAUUACAAGACGAAAAUGGGGAUCUUAUCCUUGGACCGAAUGUCCAACACGACACUGGACCCAGCUACAUCCAGGACUUCGAUAGUCGUGGCCAUCCCAGAAACGUCCGCUCCGAAACGUCACGGCGAAGGCUUCUACGCGCUCAGAAUGAAGCUCUAUAUACCGUUGGCGUCGUCGUAAAGAAAGCCAAGGCAAAUCGCUCACGGUGGCAAACCAUGGACGAUAAGCAGAAGUUUCGACUUGUAGUUGAAGAAAACACGACCGGGGCCUACAUUGGCCUUUCUGAGAGUAUUCUGCAGAAGUUGUCUACCCACUGGAUCCUGAAUCUCAGGCGCCGCGUCUUGACCUACAACUCCUAUCUGGAACUGCCAGUCUCACACAUGAUAUUGUCAGAUUGGAACAUCGUGGGACCUGGUGCGUUCUUUUUCGCGGGCAUUCUCCCGGCUACCUUUGCGAGGAUCAGCCGGUAUAUCAGAUUGGCGCUGCUUCGAGAAGAUGUCGGUUCAGGAUCGCCAGGCCGCCUAUUUAGCCGUUUGCGACGCUCAGGAGUUACCACCACAAUCAGCUACGCAAGCCUGCACAUACUCUGGUUCGCCGUUGAGUAUUCGUGCCACGCUUACGCGGUUUUACAAGCGUUAUGCAUUCUUCCUCCUGGCUUCAGACCUUCCUUUCUCGCGAUGAUCCCCUUCACAGACCUUGACUCUCCCGGUUUCGAUCGAGCGCGAUUCAAAACCCAAUCUUGGUCCUCCUUAGCAACAGAUCUGGUAAUGCAUAUGCGCAACCCGUUUGUCAUAGCUAUGGUCAGAGAUCAGAUCAGCAAUGUUCUCUUCCCGAAAAUCUACGUGUGGAUACGCGAACUUCUUGCCAAGCCUAAUAGGCCGGAUGCAGUAUCUCUUGAAAGCGCAAGUGUGCAACUGCACAAUGCUCCAGGAAAGAUUACGGGUGCGAAUGCUCGGAGACUCGCCUCGGGAGAAGGAAGGGUCAAGGGACUGCGGAAUCGAUGGCUUUCGUACUUGCUUUGGUUUUCGCUCAGCGUCCUACAUACGCAAAGAGUGCCGAUGGCGAUUGAACUGAGCCCUGAGAUGGAGGAGGAGCUGAUCAGGCGCAGCACUAUGCACUAUCACGAGCUUGUGCGCCAGGACCGUGAAAGCGGCAUUACACGUGGCCCAAGGGCCCUCCGGGUGAUGGCCAUUCGCGCCGCCUUUCACGAUUUCAACCUGGACCCAGACUCAUCGAUGGUGGAUAUUUUCGAACUAGCAGAUGAAAUGAGCUUAUCUGGUUCGAGCCGAGCUUCCACUUCGACUCCCGAGCCGCAAGAUCUACCAUCACCUGAAGACGUUAUGGCUGGCGCAAGUAAUGUGAGCCAGGGCGCAAACGAGGUUGAGUUCGAUAUGCCCAGGGGCACAGCCGCGACUCAUAAUACAUUUCUCGCCACGGGCGACAUUACUGGCGGCGAUGACGGUGACGGAGGGAGCAAUCCAGGAUCCCUGGAUCUUGCGCUUGCUCCAUUUGCAGACAGGAGCGCUUCCGCUCGCACCAACGCCACCGGGGCUGUACAUGACGCAGCGGCGGGGCGAGUCUCUGCUGGUCGUGCGGAUCUUGUAGGGCCGGAUUAUAUUUCCAUGGUAUGGGGAGCUGACGUUGCUGCCAUCUUUGAAGGAGAUACGGAGCAUGGGGCGACGGUGGCUCAGGAGCCAGCUUUCCGCCCCGCUGUCCCGCUGGAGACUCUGCUUCAGCCUGCUCCAGCUCACAUCGAACAGCGGCCGGAUAUUGGACCGGCGUCGACUGUCCAGCUUUCAAGAGCUGAACAAGCCGCAGCUCGGUCGCCUUCGCCAGUGCCUUCCGCACCGGAACAUGGAGGACCAGAUCCGCCCGCAAGUCAACCAACAAUACCACCAACACCUGUUCCUGGGAUAUCUCGAGCACCCAGUCUCCGUGCAAUUGCUGCGAUGAGGCCGGUACGUCGCCCCACGGUGUCAGAUCAACAUGUUCCCACAUUCAGGGACGUAGUGGAACGUCGCCGUCAAGAACCGGAUGAAUACAGUCAACAGGACACAAACUUCGACACCUAUCGCGUCACAAUCCUCUCCAAUCAUGCAGCUGAAGCUUUCGCCUACCACGCGACCUCGUUGGUUGAGUCAAUCAUACUCCUUCCACUCGACAUUAUCUUUAUGCGCUCUCUUGCGCGAAAUUUCCUUGCUCGUCACUCCCAUCAGCAGAUAGCGCACACAGCGCCCUCCCUGGGUGAAAUAUGGCCUCUUGGUUUCGCGACCCGGAUGCAAGAACUCACCGGCCUCAAAGCAUUUCAGUUCUGGGGCAAUUAUUUUAUCACAAUGAGCAUGCAAGGGCUGAUGAACUUUGCGAUUUGGGCGGCUGGGACGAGGAUUACGUUGAAGUUGGGUAAGAAGUUUGGAUGGGGAAAUAUAUGA